AUGUUUUCCCAUAAGAGUAUCAAUUUCAUCACUGGGAACAAGAACAAGCUAGCUGAAGUGAGGGCGAUUAUUGGCAGUGUCAUUGAAGUGGAAAACCAAGCUAUAGAUCUACCAGAGAUCCAAGGCACCAUAGAGGAGAUUGCCAAGGAGAAAUGCCGGAGGGCAGCAGAAAUUAUAGGUGGACCCGUUUUGACAGAGGAUACAGCGCUCGAGUUUCAUGCACUCAAAGGAUUACCUGGCCCAUAUAUAAAACAUUUUCUUGAGGCCCUUGGCCACGAAGGGUUGAACAAGAUCCUUGAUUCCUUUGAUGACAGAGGCGCAGAAGCUGUGUGUACAUUUGCAUUCAGCAAUGGCCCGGGCUCCGAGCCUAUGCUUUUUCAGGGGAGAACUCAGGGUAAGAUUGUGAUGGCAAGAGGCCCAGGAAAUUUUGGAUGGGAUCCAAUCUUCGAAUAUGAGGGGAGAACCUAUGCUGAAAUGGAUAAAGCAGAGAAGAACCAAAUCUCUCAUAGAUCUAAGGCUUUGGCAAGUUUCCAGAGCUGGCUAUCUGAAAACAAACCAUGA